AUGGUGGACCGACUUGUGAAUUCUGAGGCAAACACAAGAAGAAUUGCGUUUGUUGAACAAUGUUUUGGUUCAUCGGGACAGCCUCUAGUGGUACCUGGUAGAGUGUUAGUAGGAGAAGGAGUACUAACUAAAUUAUGUCGUAAAAAACAGAAACCUCGUCAAUUUUUUUUAUUUAAUGAUGCCUUAGUUUACGGAAAUAUAAUUUUACACAAGAAAAAAUAUAAUAAACAACAUAUAUUAGAUUUAGAAAAUGUCAAAUUAGAAGAUAUACCAGAUGAAGGCCUUUUAAGAAAUGGAUGGAAAAUUAUUAGUCCAAGUAAAUCAUUUGCUGUUUUCGCUGCUACGAAUACAGAGAAAAAAGAAUGGAUGGCACAUAUUAGAAAAUGUGUCAGUGAUCUACUGAUAAAAAAAGGUACUACUCAGUCAUCUGAUAAUGAUUCACCAGUCUGGGUACCUGAUGAUGAUGCCACUACUUGUAUGCACUGUAAAGCCUCAGAAUUUAGCGUUUUAAAAAGAAAGCACCACUGUAGAAAGUGUGGUAUAGUGGCGUGUAAUUCGUGUACCAGUAAAAGAUGGUUACUUCCUCUACAAUCGUCCAAGCCACUCCGUGUCUGUUUAACGUGCUACAAUCAACUUUCUAAUACCAAUAACGCUGGUGGUAAAACUAGAAAAUAUACUCCAAUAGAGAUUCCUGAUUCUUCUGGUGAUGAUUCCUCAGAUGAUGAUAGUACAAUGCCUUCAGCGCCUUAUUCUGAGGACAACACUUAUGAGGGUCAGUUUCAAAGUUACGAAGAAGAAGGCCCAGAUUAUAAAUCUGGUGACACGCAUCAAUGA